AUGGUUCGCGGAACAGUCCUGGUUACAGGUGGCACGGGCUACAUUGGUUCGUUCACCUCGCUAUCGCUUCUCGAAAAUGAUUACGACGUCGUAAUCGUCGACAACCUCUACAACUCCUCUCCCGUUGCCAUCGACCGCAUCGAGCUCAUUUGCGGCAAGCGACCCGCCUUUCACAAUGCCGACAUAACCGACGAGGCCGCGCUCGACAAGGUCUUCGAUGCGCAUCCCGAGAUUGAUAGCGUCAUCCACUUUGCCGCCCUCAAGGCCGUUGGCGAGUCCGGCGAGAUCCCGCUCGAGUACUACCGCGUCAACGUCGGUGGCAGCAUUGCGCUCCUGCGCUCCAUGCAAAAGCACAAUGUGUGCAACAUUGUCUUUUCGUCUUCGGCCACUGUCUACGGCGAUGCGACCCGCUUCCCCAACAUGAUCCCUAUCCCGGAGCAUUGCCCGAUCGGCCCGACCAACACAUACGGCCGGACAAAGUCCACUAUCGAAGAUGUCAUCUCGGACCAUGUCAACGCCCAGCGCAACAACCUGAAGAAGGCAGGCAAGCCAUUCGACAUGUGGAAUGGCGCUUUGCUGCGCUACUUCAACCCCUGCGGUGCUCACCCUAGUGGUCUGAUGGGCGAGGAUCCUCAGGGGGUACCCUUCAAUCUCCUGCCGCUGCUCGGUCAGGUUGCGACUGGCCAGAGGGAGAAGCUUCUCGUCUUCGGUGAUGAUUACCCUUCCCGCGACGGCACCGCCAUCCGAGACUACAUUCACGUCCUCGAUCUUGCCAAAGGCCACCUCGCAGCUCUCAACUACCUCCGAGACAACAAGCCCGGUGUCAAGGCAUGGAACCUGGGUUCCGGCCGCGGCAGCACCGUCUUUGAGAUGAUCAAGGCCUUCAGCUCUGUCGUGGGUCGUGACCUGCCGUACGAGGUUGUGCCUCGCCGCCAGGGUGACGUGCUGGACCUGACGGCCAACCCUGCGCUUGCAAACAAGGAGCUCGGUUGGAAGACAGAGCUCCGUAUGGAGGACGCGUGCCAGGACCUGUGGAAAUGGGUCAAGAACAACCCCAAGGGAUACAGGCAGGAUCCUCCUCAGGAGUUCGUUGCAGCGCUCAAGAAGUGA